UCUCAUGAUGAUUCGUGGAAGUUUGUGUAUAGUGUUUAUUUUAUUUUAUUUGGCGAUAGCCAAGGAGGAAAAAGCUUUACGUCUUCCACUUGAAUGUACACACUUUAUGAAGAAUUCUCGAUUACAAAAGCAAUGUCUUAUACGCAACUGCCGAAGACUAGAAAGUGAGCUCUACAUUCCUGGUGAAACAUGUGAAAGACAUUGUGAUUUACUUACACACUGUGGUGUAGAAAAGGAAGGCUGUGUCUGUAGAAGAAAUUAUUGUCGGAAUAACAAUGGAAUUUGUGUCCCAAUCAAAAGUGUUUUAUCUAAAUUCAAAAGGAAAUUCGUCAUGUAAAAUACAUAAUUCAUCAAUAGAAGAAUUUGGCACUUGUUGAGCUUUUAUGCCUGUUAUUUUAUUAAUGUUACAUACACUUAUAAUAUUAGCAUCAUUGCGAUGUAAUUAUAAAAAAUUUUAAUAUAUUUGCAUCGCGUUAAAAUUAAUGCA